GUGAUUGAACUCAGAUAGAAUUGUCCGCACAAUCGGUUGGCUAUUUCUAUGGCCAUUCGUUCUCCUGUUCGAGCGCGUUCCCCUGUUCGAACGCAUUCCCGAAACGUUCGCGAGAACAAGACUCCUCACCUCCACAAAGGCAGAUACAGCUGAGGACACGAAGACCCGUAGGCACAAGGUGUACGUAGACGUUCUGGUGCCGGCCUCAAACGAGAAGCGUACCGCCUUCCCGGGCAACCACAGGAAGAAGGUCUGCGGUCGGCAUCGACUAUCCGAAGAUUGAUAGAUCUGAGCAACCUAAGUGCAUGGUCUCGCCAUUACCUGUUCGACAGAAGAUUACGACGAAGCCAGUCUGCGACAGUGGAGCAGGACAGGCGAAUGCAAACAAGUUUUUCAAGGAUACUUCGCCUAUGGGUGGAGCGCACAGUGCUCAAGAUCACCGGACGAGUAAGUCAAGCGGGAGAACAAGCGUGUCGCGCGACUUGGACUUGCAAAAGCCCACUCGAGCAAGCCAAGUCAUCUCCGGCUCCCAACACAGCUUUGCGUCACCCUCUCAAAUCCAGUCGAGAGUCCACAGUUGCAAAGUUGCUUCAUCCAGUGACUGUACGAGAUCGACAUCAACUGUUUGGGAUGCAGGCUUGGAUGCGACCUCCCGGCUCUCUCGACGAGCCCUGGCUGCUUACAUAUUCUCCCUGCCGCUUGACGAGUCCGAUGUAUCUGAUAUCGAGAAGCCCUCUGAUAUCCUCUGCCCGUGUCUUCUUCUUUGUUCCGGGCUAGUCGGUCUCCAGAACGCUUAAAGCCCGGCAUGUCCAGAAUUGAAACGCCUCGGCCACAUGCUCGAUUGUUCGAUAGCACCGCCAACAUAUAUACGCCUG